AUGCUUUGCUCGUCUCGUUUGUGGAAGGACCUCGCUCAAAGAGAAUUGACCCAAAGAAAGUAUUUUGUCAGUCGGGUGUUCAAAUGUCGCAAAGACGAACUGACCUUCCAGGUAUGUUGUCUUAAUUAUGCAGAAGGUAUCGGGUGAUUCGGGUCGUUUCGUACUCAACUACAUGGUCACAGAAAGGAUGUCAUCUGACCCCUAAAUUCAACAUUUUUUGGGGGGGGGGGGCGUGGUGACAUGCUUAAAAUUAAUCCUCUAUUUUACUUUUCUUAGAUUGUGAUUGAUGACAUCCGAAAGCAAAUUCUUGAAUUUUUGAAUGACAUUGAUAUAGUUCCAUCCGCUAUGGUUAUGUUGUGUUAUGAAAUAUUUGAUCCAAUGACAUUGGCCGAGUUCAGAAAAAAGCUUCUCUCAAAGAUCACCAAUAACCUUCCCAAGGAUUGUAUUGUUAUUGGUGCGAGAGAAGUGGGUGGCAUUAUUGGAGAGACAAAUUUCGGGUGUCCUGUUGUGCGAAAAAGUUUAAGUGAACAGCUCUCUGUUCUUUUUAUUCCAAAGGUCAAAAAUGUUAAUGUGAAUCAUUUUCAAGUGAAAAUAAAGGAAAUAAAAGACAAUGAAGAAGAAUGGCGAGCCAAACUUGAUCAUCUUGUGAACAAAGACAUUAAAUUUUUGUUUUUGAUUGGGGCAAAAACACCUCCAAAAAAUAUAAAUUGCAUUUGGUCAAACACAGUUAAGGUAUCAUGGUAUCUUGUUACUGUCAAUUCUUGUUAUAACAGACAAAUUAACAUAAUGUCCAACAAAAACAUAACACAAUGACUUCUAUUUAGUUUCCAGCUUGACCAUCCUAUCUUGAUAGACUAUGAAUCAUUUCAUGAACAGGACAAGCUUUCGUUGGUAGAGAUGCAACUACCUGAAACUAUACUAGGGGUGCACCGGAUUUGGAAUUUUCAAAUCCAGCCGGAACCGGAUUUACCGGAUUUGGACAAAAAUUCCGGCCAGAAUUCCGGCCGGAUUUGAGAUAAACCGGUAAUGGGAACAAUUGGGGAUAAAUCAGUAUUCAAAAUGGCGGUUUAUGUUUUUUACUAUUUUUAGUUAGUGUCAGUUUAGAUUUUUGACUGUGUUUAAACCUUUUUUAAAUAUAUUUUUGUUAAUAACUUAAUAUUUUAAAAUAGUAUAAGUUUUUUUUUAACUUUAAAGCUGCCAAAUUGAUGGUUUAUCCCAUCCUUGGUGAAUUUUUUAAGGUGAAAACAGAAAUUUAAAUCCGGCCGGAUUUUCUCCAAAUCCGGCCGGAUGCCGGAAAAUUCGUUAAAUCCGGCCGGAAUUCCGGCCGGAUUUCAAAUCCGGUGCACCCCGAAACUAUACAAUGUUUCAAACGGUCCGUAAUAUCGGGCUGUCCACAAGGUGGAAGUUGACUGUAUCAUGCACUUGCACUCAGUACCUGGCAGGUUUUGGCCUAUUUAUAUGAAGGCCGGUUUUCUUUUUCAAUAAUUUCCAGUAAACUUCAUAGCAUUUGAAUUCAAGAAGACAAAAACAAAAGUGUCAAUAAUUUUCUGAUAGGGGCGCUACCUGUAGAUUGACAUUUUCAGCACUGUAGGAAUACAUUUUAUGUAAAAUGCAUCAUGUAAACAGUCACCCGGGAAAAUGAUAGCCGGGAUCUCGCCAUUGCCAGGCAAAUAUAGCCUUUCUACAGAAAACAUUAAUUGGGUCGUUCCAAAAAAGAUCCUCACUCCCCUCAUGGAGGAAAUUUCUGGAGGGAGAGGGGAGACAAUUUUUUUUUUGAUAAUAGUUUAUGUAUUAGGACAAUCGAAGGGGGUAGGGGGUUAACUUAAGUUUCCUCCAUGGGGGUGGUAUGGAUGUUUUCUGGAAUGACCCAUUCUUGGAUUUUGCUGACAGGAAGCAUAUAUCAAUCAUGUGUUAUUUUUGUUGCUGUAUUCGUUCUUCUUUAAAAUUUUGUGGAAAACAGCAUCAUUUGUCAAAGCAUUAAAACAUUCUGUGUAUUUUUUUGUAGAUUCUUGGAAAACAAGUUGUUGUUGGUGGUGGUUUAGCCAAACCUUUUGCAGUUGUUAACAAUAAAGUAGUAUCGAGCAGCAUCACAGGUUUGGCAAUUGGUGGAAAUAUUGAAGCAAGCAAUGUUGUUGAAGAUGGAGGUUCAGAAAUUAAGCAAUUGCUUCAAAGAAUGCCAAUAUUAAAUCAGUCUCGUGUCCUGCAUUCCACAGCCUGUUUUCUUACGCCGUGUGUUUCGCUAGCAUUCUCCCGUAUUGACGAGGAAACUUCUCAGGUCAGAAAAGCAUUUCCACACAUGAAAAUAUUUGGAUUUCUUGGCUUUGGUGAAAUUGGAACAGAAUCGCGUCAAAGAUAUGAAGACAAUAAGAAAUCGCCUAACGUUUUACACUAUUACAGUAUCUCAUUAAGUAUCUUGAAGCUUUUAUAGUGUUCAUUCUGGACAGGCUGGAAAUCACUGGCUGAAUGUUUGGGUUGGGUUUUGGGUCUUAUUGCUGAGCCUAAGGUGCAAAGCUCCAUUCUGGACAUUACCCUUCACCUGCGUAGCAGGUGGCUUCCCACCUUUGCUUGCCAAAAUGUAUUCAAUGUAUUUAUUUUACCGAAUUUACCCACUAAUACCGCAGGCAUUUUACACCUGGGAAUAGGAAAUCAGUAUCUUGUAUGGAAUUAGAUAGUCAUAUUAUUGCAUCAAUGUACAUAAAAAGUACCAUAGUAUUAACAUUUUGUGCCUUGUACAUAUAAAUUAAUUAAAUCCUUUGUAUUGCUACAAAAUCACUGCAAACUGCCUAAUGAAAUUUCAAGGAAAUACAGUAACGUAUAUUAAUAUAAAGAAUUUAGAAGAGAAAUUUUGAUACAAAAAUGAGAAAUUUUGUUUUUGAAAGUGGAAGCACUGCAAGAACGAAGUGAAAAACAAGGCGCCAAAAUUCAAGACUCCGCUUGUGAUUUGUGCUCUCCAUAAUAAAAUGGAAUUCCCAAUACUUUCUUACGAGGAGGCAACAACAAAUUGUCGAGAACUUUUCAAUGUUAAUAUUGCUGAAGAAGACUUGAGAAAACCCACUGUAAGUUAUGCUUGAUGAAAAGCAUGAUAAUUUUUAUAGAGCUCAUUAAUUAAACGGCGUUUUUAUAUGAUGUGUAUAUUUAUAGCCCCCAAACAGUUUGUAUACUUGACAGCUUGUCUGACUCCGACCAUUCGAGAGUUCGUAUACUAUCGUACAACAUUUCGCUUUCUGUCUACAAAGGUUCAUGUCCAUGAUAUAUUAUGAUUUUAUACUUAAAAAUUUCACUUCGUUGUACAUAAUUUUGCAUUGUUAUUAAUAUCAACAAUGUUCAAUAUAUUGUAUACUAUUAAAUCUAAAACGUUUGUUGGUAGAGGUGCAACUACCUGAAAAUACAAGGAGAAAUUCGACGUUUAGAGCGAAUGCCCUUUGUCGGGAAGUUAUUAGCAGGGGUCCACCCCGUUUGUUAGUCCUGCCCCUGCUACUAACUACCUGACAGAUGCCGUUUGCUUGGAACGUCAAAUUUUUCCUUGUAUUUUUUAGGUAGUUGUAUUCCAGUGUGCAUUCCAUGCCGGAUAUAUCCGGCGCGAGGUUACAAAAUUGUUGACGUAAUGGCGUGAGAUCACUCGAAAAGAAGUGAUUAGUUUGUACCUGAUUUCAUGGCCACAUGUAAAUUGACAGUAUAACUACACGAAUCACCAUAUUAGCUAUUUUCAAUACAUGGAUUUAAGUCCCCAAAAUUGAAAAUCUCAGAUGUAUUGGCGUAUCUCAGGCGUAGAGUUUACAUGGAAUGCACCCUGGGUUGUAUUCCUAUCAACAAAAGUUUUAUUAUUGGUACCAGCUACACUGGCACUGUAGACAGUUCAAGAUUAUAUACUAAUUAAUUUGCUCAUGUGUCUAAUCAAUUAACCCAUUGAGUUGCAUUACACCUACUUUAUUAUUUUACUCUGCUCAACUGACAACACCAGAUGAUUUUACUCGUCAAUGAUGGGAGAGCGCUGACACUCAAUGGGUUAAUCAAGAUAUGUCUAGUUAAAUUCAGUGAGUUACAUUGUACCCCAAUGUACCCAACAUUGUUAUUUUACUCUGUCCAAUACCAGAUGAUUUUACUUGGCAGGUGCUGACGCCCAAUCCCAAUGGGUUAAUCAGACUAUAUGCCCAUGUGUUUAGUUUUAACCUGUUGCGUUGCACCCUACUAAAUAUGUUACUCUGUCUAAUAUGCCACUCAUUAGAUUAAUUGUCACAUGCAAUAUAUAUGACUAAUAGUUUGCAAAUGAAGCUCUAUUCUACUUUUUAUGCAGCCACAUUUUGUAAAGAAACUUUACUUGGAUAUCGUUACAGUAUCAAUGCAUAUAUCUAGUGAGCAAAUGGUCCAGGUAAGUGAACAGUUGUGUGUGUGUUUGCUGUUGGCACGAUAAAGCACACAAAUAACUUUACAAAUAAUUAUUAGACUAAGUGUACAAUGAUCAAUGUCUUAUAUAUCUGACCAUAACUUUGGUCUGGUAUCUUGUCAGUCAGAACAACUUUUCAGAGUUAUAUAAUAUUGAACCUGGGCAGCGAUAAAAAUCAUUGUGAAAAUAUCAAGGAAAUAUCUUAGGAAAUGUUCUGUUUCAGAAAAGAAAAUUGAAUUUUUAAAUAAUCAUGUAAUUCAGCAAUUUUCAAAAUUUGUUUUAGCCACACUUCAAAUUUCUCAGUGCAUUUCAGCAUCUUGACAUUGUUGAAGAAGGAGCAUCCUUUAUAUUUUUUACAAUUUUUUUGUAAGUAAAAUUUAUUAAGUUUCUGUAAGGGGCAGACCAUUAGAAAAGUGAUGGGGGGGGGGGGAAGCAAAAAUAAAAUCGAGCAGGGGAAACAGAAAGAAAAAGAAUUCGUACACCAAAAAAGUUUGAAAAAAAAAUUCGUUCAGAGACUUUUCAAUAGGGAAAAUUAUAAGUUGAAAUAGAAAAAAUUUGUGCAAGGGAUUAUAUUUAAAAAAAUUAUCGACACAAGCAAAAAAUAUUCGUACAAGUUGAAAAAGUCCCCCCCCCCCGUCACUUUCUAAUGGUCCGCCCCUAAGGCUACUAAGGGGCUUCAGUGAUGCAAUCAGGUCAAAAAAAAAUAUGUGGGUUUCCGGUUUCCCGACCCUACCUAGCUUUUCGACGUCGAAAUGCCGACCCUAAACUUUUUUAUUGGAUCAUGCUUGUGGAAAAUUGAAAUUUGAGGCAAUAUCUGUGGCAAUAUUAGGGAAAUUUAUCUUUGGAUGUGGAAGCACUGACUAAACAAAAUGGCGUCCGCUUAUUCGGAAAAUUUAAAAAAAAGUUUAAAAAAAAAGUUAAAACCGUCCUACCCUACCUAAGUUUUUAUAAGAAGAAACCGGAAACCCACAUAUUUUUUUUUUGCCUCAUCAAGAUAAAGUGCUAUUCACCUUGAGAUCAUGGGUUUGACGGACUCACGACACUUAAGAGUCGACACUCCACUGAAAGUCGUGGAUGUUCUCUCCAUGACCAUGACAUGUGCUCCCCACAGGGAAUGUUGGGUUGGGAUUAGCCCCUAACUGAUCCUUCCACCAUGUACAGUAGCUGUGCUUCACGUACGAUCAGACAUGAGUCAUAACAUAAGUGUGUGUUAGCCAGAGGCGCCCUUUGUACGCCUUCCACUUGAUCAGGUUGAGCUGCCGAUCCUUAGCUUAGAGUUUUUUCACAACUCUGUAAUCGGAUAAACUAGGUUGCUGUUGUGAACGCGACAUUGCCUAUCGCUCAGUCAUCGUUUUCCGCCUUGUUUAGGCAAAGAUACAUGCAUGUUUGUUUGGUUAAAGAUUUCUCCAAGAAUGAUCUUUCAAAUCCAAGUAAGUUGGUCAGUGGAGGGAUUGCCUAUUGGAACCAAUGACCAUAUAUCUUUCCUACAGUACAUAACGGUUUCCCGACCCUAUAUACCUAGCUUUUGGCCACUGAAAUCAGUAAAUCAGCGACCCUAAUCUUUUCAUCUGAACUUUGUGCAGAGUUUGGAGCAAUUUUCUUGCAGCAUGACCAUUUACUGCUUGUAGUUAUUUAAUUUGCACUAAACGAAUUUUUAUUGACUGACGUUGUCUAGAGCCAAAACGCACUUUGGAUUGUAUAAGGUAUGUUAAGGUGUAUGAUAUGAAUAGGGCAGUUAUUUUUAUCAUUGAUUUUAUGCAAAAACACUUUGCAAAAUAAAAAAUAAUGAUGUUCUUCAUUGUUAAACCAUAAAAAUUGAUGUGUUAACAUGACCUGAAUGAUUCUCUCUAGUGCUAUAAUAAACUACGAAAAAUUCAAACGCAGUCAGGAUCCGUAUUUUGACACAGCAAUGGAAGAGAGGGUAAAUAAAUGCGUACAAUAACCAUUGUUAUAGAACUAGUGCUUAAACUAAACGUGAUUGGCAGAUUUGUGGUCACGUGGACUUAGAUAAAUGUAAUGUAUCAUCCCGCCGGGCAUGCCACAAGUGAAAAACUGUUGCUCACUCAACAGGCAAUUUGCAUUUUUCAUUUGCCAGGAUUCAUUAUUCGAACAGAAAACUCAACUAUUGAGCAAAAACCAGGAACUGAAGCUGAAAAUUGCGCAAAUCAGGUACCGUAAGGAUUUAAUUUAAAUAAAAGAAAUAAUUUAAACUUGAGGUAUAAAUACAAUCAAAUUGUCGUGGGACAGAAAUCUCCCCACUGACGAUCCGUCACUCAUCGAUGUUUAUUUUAGGGCAGCAAGAAGCGAAGAUGAGGAGAAAGUACAACAGGUAGGUACACGUCUUGGAUUUUUAUUCAGUUUUUUGCGACUUUGCCUAUAUGUAAAAAUUUGGAAUAUCAUUACGGUGUAAACCAUCCUUCCUUUGCCAGUUGCUGCCAGUUGUUGACGAUCUGGAGAGAACUGUGUACGAGUUAAACAAGCAACAGGUUGGUGGAAUUCUAAGUACUAUUUAAAACAUGAUAAAUAAAGUAAAUAAAUUUGAUGACCUCCAAAAUCAUAUACUCAUCCAAUUUUGUUUAUUUGGUUGUAUUUUAUGUUACUUUUAGUCAUCCGACUUCAAAGAAACCCAACAACGAAAAACCGAGAUAGCCGAACUAACGUCGAAGGAGGUAAUUCACUGAAAUUUUAUUUUGUUUUUUUGGGCUUUGUCAUGAUUCGGGACUUCAGUGGCUGGCACAAUUGCCAGAGCAAACGCCUUUCUGGCCCAUAUAUGUGUCUUAACCUUUACCUUACCUCAUCCCCUUUCCUUUUCUAAUGGUCCCUAACCCGGUCCAGAUAUAUAAUAAGACAUGUUAUUCUCGAAAACCUCUACUUAACUUUUUUUUCUUUGUACUUUUAUCAGGCUGAAUUAAAAGUGCUCAUUGCCAACAACAUUGAAGAAUGUGAAAAAUUUAAAGCCCAAAUUGUCACAUCUCCAGAGAAAUUCCGUAAGGUAAGAAUAAUCUUUGAAAGGGCGACAGUUUUUUUAACCAUAUAUUUGAAUUAUUUUUGAACCCAAUUAAACGGUACAUGCAAACUAUUAUGGUAUAGGUAUUACAGGCAGCCCAUUUUGACUCAAAUAUUUGACUAAAUAAUAAAACUGUCUGCCUUGUUAAAUGUCGCGGAAAUAUAAUAAAUGUCUGGAUGACAAUACUGUAGUUCUGCUUGCCUUUUACGACCGACAUUACUCAUUGCAUAUAGUAAUUAGUAAUAUAUUUCAUUAUUUAGGAGUAAAUUUUAUUUAAAAAAUUUAGUCAAAUAUCUUGUCUCCAGUCAUUGGGCUGUCAUGUUCGUUUCGAAUAAACAUUUUAUUUGCAUUGGAUAAGAGAACUUGGAAUUUUUCACAUCUUGUUAUUUCAGGAAGUAAGCCGAAUGGACGACGCAAUAAAUGCUUGCAAAGAUUCAAUUGCAGAGAAAGGUAAAAAAUUAUUGGAAAAGAAGAACCAAGAAGAAUCCAUUGAUUUACUUGAGGAGGUAUCUAGUCUCGACGUAUUGAUGUUUUAACAAUUAGUAGCGUUUGAGCCUGUUAAACAGCUUAUUAAGGUUUUUUGUUGGUUUUUGUUUGUUUGUUUGUUUGUUUGUUUGUUUGUUUGUUUGUUUGUUUGUUUGUUUGUUUGUUUGUUUGUUUGUUUGUUUGUUUGUUUUAUUACCAGUCUGCCUGGCCGUUAAAUAUUUAAAAUCAUCCAAAAUGAAAGAAUACCAGAAGUCAGUUUGGGAAGGUUUACAUGUUCCAUCUUUUUCGGAACAGGACGGGAUGGAAGGGUGUGUGCGUGAACAUAGACGAUAUGACCGAUGUCAAAACUAUAUGUAAAAAUGCUACUAUAUGUAAAAGUGUGCCGGCUUUCAACCAUGGUUUCGUCUUUUCUAUAUUUUUCCAUCUUGUUGAUUGGUUAUUUUUUUCAUCGUGUGACUGCCUUUGUAUCUUUAUCAAACUUUUCUUUCCUCCAUAUGCAUCUUGGCUCAUAAGUCAUAAUCGAAUCGUGCACAAUUUAAAUAAUAAUUAACAAUUAUUGAAUGAGGUUGAACACGAUAUGAAGAAUUAUCAAGCCCGAAGUUUGCCGUUAUCAACCGAAGCCGAAGGCUGAGGUUGAUAACGGCAAGCUAAGGGCUUGAUAAUUCUUCAUAUUGUGUGAAAACCGAAUUCAAUAAUUGUUUUAUUAUUUAUUUAAAAAAUUCAAAACAAACGGUCAUCCAUUUGUUCGCCCGCGUUAAUAAUCAGCCAAACAAGAAUUAGGAAAAGUGUUCUUACCUAUUCUAGAAGCUUUUGUUUAUCUUUUUGUAUUUAACGAAUCUUUAUCUUCCAGUAAUUUUUGAAUUUCGGCUUCGGCAAGGUUGGCGAACCUUUCAGUGGAAGAAGCCAUUGGUAUUUUACUUGUAUUAAGAAAAAAACAAUUCUUUAGUCCUUCUGCAGCCGUCGUCGUCAUAUCGAUGGCGUCAGCGAGUCAAUAUGAUUCUCGUCGUCAUAGUAAUAUGGCGCAAACGCGUCCAAAUUUUUUUCAUAUUGAUGUCAUUUUGCUAUUAUGAAUGUGAAAAAUCCAGAUUUGGUUAGCCAUUGAGUUGAUAUGACAAUUUCACAGUUGGCUGUUAGCCAAUCAGAAACCAGGAAUUUUUUAAAUAAAUAAUAAUAAUAUUUAUCCAGGUGCCCACGUCAUACAGUAGUACAUGUUUUUCAGUGGGAUCCUGCAUCGCAGAAAUAGAAUUAAUCAUUUACAAUAUUGUCAAUAUUAAAACAGUAUAAAAACCUUUUUCUUGCUACCUUAGAACUGUGCUCAAGCUGUCAGAUUGAUUUCAUCACUGGAAGAUGAAGCAGAAAAACUUCGGUGAGGGCUGCAAUUGGUUGAGCUUAUUAUUAUCGAUUUGUUAUUGUUAUUAUCAUUAUUAUCGUUUUUCUUAUACUGUAUAUGCAUCAUGUUUGCGCUUUAAAUAUUUUUGUAGAAAUCUACAGUACAAGCUGCAGGAAUUGCAUGAUGUCGUUACUGCCGACGAUGCAGCACUCGUGCAAAAGAAUUUUCAAUAUAAGGUGACAAUUCUGCAUAAAAAAAACAGUUCAAUUAAUAUUUAUGGAAAUUCUGGCUUUUGUAGGAAAUUUAUAUCCAUUCAAAUAUUUGUCCACAAAUAUUUGUCUAGGGACCUGUUCCCAUGCCAGAGUUACAAAUGCCGUCAUGUAAAUUUCCUCUUGUCGUCAGCAGUUGUUGCUAGAAAUCAAGAACAGUAGUCAAUGUAGUUUCACGUUCGUAAUUUCAAACAAGAACGGAUGUCGCCAUCACCAUAUCGGCUCGUUUGACGUUUUGUCAAAAAUAUCGCUUGCUUGAGCUCACUAUUAAAGGUUGCAGUGAUUCUGUCUGUUUUUCGUUGCUCUUCAACUUAAUCAUUUACUUCCAUUUUUAGAACGUUAAACGUCAACUUACCUCGCAGAAUGAGAAGCUAAACAGAUUAGAGCGAACAAAUGAGAAGAAAUUCUCGGCGAAAAAUGAUGAAUUUGAACUUAGGAGAAAGUAUGAAACUAUUAGAUGAAUUUUUUGGAGCAAAUACAACUAAGGAUAACUAUCUACAAUUCAAAUAAUAAUAACAUUUCCGGAAACACCAAUAGUGAAAAAGUUGACAAAAAUGAGGUCUUAUACUAUAAGGAUAGCUAUAUUAUACAUUUCUUAGAAUGACCCAAAUUAUAUUACACAUACCAAAAAUCUUACUUGCGUUCUACCGCAGUGUUUCGAUAUUGUAUUAUAAUACACGGGUGUAUACCCGUUAUUUUGCUCUUAUAGAAAUGCUGAAUCGUUGGAAAAGAACUUGAAAAACUGUCAGGAAGAGAUUUCCCAGAUUAACAUAGAAUUUCAAGAAGUUGUAAAAGCGGUAGGACUUCAUAUUGAAUGUAAUAUAUCUUGUCAACUCUCAUUUUAGAUUGACCAGGGCUUAAUGUCAAUUAAUGUGCUAAAAUGUUGCCUUAAUUCAAUUUCAGUUGAAUGAAAUGGAAGAUGAUCACGUUAAUACAAUGGAUUCUAUGGAAGAUGCAUAUCAACAGUUGAUCACAUCGGUAUAAAUAUAAAAAAUGAAAAACAUUACUUUGCCCAUUGUCCGACAAAUGUGCAACCACUUUUUGUCUCAGCCGAACAUUAGCAAUUCCCAGCAAAAUAAUUCUUUACAGGCAGGCCUGUUAAAUAUAAAUAUACUAUUAAUGAUAAAUAUUUUUUUCUUAACAGAUCAAUAAUUAUCAUGGCAUGUUGGAAGAAGGAUGCAAACGUCUCCUGUCCACAUUAACUUGAGAUGAGUUAUGGAAAUAAUAGACAGAUUUAGAUCGAGGACGCGGACGUCAAAGACGACGUGAAAUGGCGUGUUAUGCCCAUAUAUGUAUAUGCCACGCCAUUUUCACGCCAUUUUCACGUCGUCUUUGACGUCCGCGUCCUCGAUCUAAAUCUAUCUAAUAUUUAGACACGACGGAAAAUGAGUAUGCUGCACGCUCGUGUAUGACACUGCGGGCUCAUUUAGUAAAUGUUUCUCGUUUUGGGGGGAUUUCUUUUGACCAAAUGGAAACUGUUUAUCUUUUGAUUUCGUCUUUCUAAGGCUACGUUUACACUGUACCGGAUUUGUUCUAUUUGGUACCAUUUGUAAAGACAUAUGGUACAGAGUAAGCUAUGUUGACUUUUGUCUUCACCAGUAUAAUUGGUAUAUUUAAUAUCCAGAACAGGGUAACAUGUUUAUGCUUUAAACUAACAGCCUCUAUUUGUACAAUUUUUAUUUUAAAAGUUAGUUUUUAUAUUAAACACGUUUUUGGGAUCACUGUGCAUGGAAAACGUCAAAGACCGUUCUGUCACUAAAUAUUUCCUGCGCUUUACAAGUUAACUGCUGCAUUAUUUUUUCACAUUAUUGUCCGUUUGAAAAAUAUAAAACAACUGGUAAUUGAAAACGGUUUAAGCUGGUACCUGUUGCACGCAAGUCGUUCAAAUUAUGUGAAUGUAUAUAUAUACGAAUAUAUGCAUUACAUGCAAAUUUAGUGUCUUAUAAAUACAACGGAAUGAAACGAAAUCUUUUCAACAUUUUAUUGUUCUUGAUUUGGUGCGUAAUACGCAGUGCCUAUGGAUUCCAUUGGCCCGUAUUUCCAACAUAUUUUAGAUCCGAUUUGACUUUGGGUGACGAUCACAAGCGCGGAUUUCCGAAUUGUCCUUCGUGCGUUUACGAAACGAAAUGGUUCGACCAAAACAUAGAUCAUUUUACUUUUAUAAACAACACUACGUUCAAGCAACGAUAUCUGAUCGAUAAAUCAAAUUGGAAACCAGGCAGUGCGAUCUUCUUCUACUGCGGAAAUGAAGCUGAUAUUGAAUUAUUUGCCAGAACAAUGGGAUUACUGUGGGAAAUAGCACCGGAUUUUAAUGCUAUGUUAGUAUUUGCAGAGCAACGGUAUCAGGGAAGAAGCUUACCAUUCGGUGUGAAAUCUCUCUCCGAUCCUAUGUAUACCGGCUACUUAACCUCGUCGCAAGUGCUCGCUGAUUAUUCUAAACUUAUUCAUUUUAUAAAGUCGAACAUUGCUGGGGCAAAGGAUAGUCCAGUUGUAGCAUUUGGUGGAUCGUUAGGCGGUCAGUAUUCUGCUUGGUUGAGAAUGAAAUAUCCAAGUAUUAUUGCUGGUGCGAUCGCAUCUUCCGCCCCGCUAUUUCAGUUUUCUACAGAUUGUGGAACGCAAUAUUCCCUAGUCACUAAAGCCUUUGUAAAAGAUGGCGGUCGCGCAUGCGUUGAGGUCAUUCGCAGAUCGUGGCAAAUUCUUGAGCAGUUCAGUUUGAAGAAGGAAGGACUCGAGUUUAUCUCGAAGACAUUUUCACUAUGUGAACCUUUAAAGAAGUUCGAAGAUAUAUACCAACUUCGCGAUAAACUCGCAUUAUCAUACCUGUUCCUUGCUAUGGAGAAUUAUCCUCAUCCUACGAGCUCAAAACCUGCUUGGCCCAUAAAAGCCGUGUGUAGUACCAUCAAGGAUGUUAAGAGAGACGCCCGGGAACUGAUUACGGACUUAGCGAACGGAAUGUCAGUGUAUUUCAACCAUUCAAAAGCUUUAAAAUGUCUCCAUUUACCAAAGAAUGGCAAGGAGUUUCUGGGAUCUUGGAAUUAUCAAUCCUGCACUGAAAUGUUGUAUCCUUUGUGUUCGGACGGAGUCCAUGAUAUGUACUACAAGUCAAGUUGGGAUGUUAAUGCCAUGUCGAAAAUUUGUGAGAAAACCUGGGGGGCGAAGCCUGAUCUAAGUCGAGUGAAACUUCAAUACGGUGAUCGAGAUAUCGCAGAGCACUCCAAUAUCGCAUUCAUUAAUGGAGAUAUUGAUCCGUGGGCUGGUGGUGGCGUACUCGUCAACAUUUCUGAUUCAAUGGUUGCUAUUAACAUUGAGCAUGGUGCCCACCAUUACGAUCUUCUUUUCUCACAUAAGGAGGAUCUUCCCUCUGUUAAAGAAGCACGCCAGCAAGAAAAGUUUUAUAUACAGUUGUGGAUUAAAAAGUGGAAAGAAAAGUUACUAAGAGUACAACAAUUGGAUAAUGAAAAAAAAUAG